CCAAAGCAGGGGUUUCGGCCCCCCCCUCACUCUACUGAGGUGGCCCUCUUUCGUAGGUGCCUUUGCCUGCGCUCUCCCCGACGAUGCAGAUGGGGACGAUCGCCCGUUGGGAGAAGAAAGAAGGGGAGAAGAUCAGUGAAGGGGAUCUCAUUGCAGAGGUGGAAACGGACAAAGCGACGGUGGGGUUUGAGAGCCUCGAAGAAUGUUACUUGGCCAAGAUCCUGGUGCCAGAAGGAACACGGGAUGUUCCUAUAGGAGCCAUAAUAUGCAUCACUGUGGACAGGCCUGAGCUUGUGGAUGCCUUUAAGGAUUACACGUUGGAUGUCACAGCAAGUCCCCCGCCAGCCUCAGGGCCUCCUCCUCCGCCGUCGCCACCACCUCCGCCACCCGCCGCUCCGCCCUCCGCUCAGGCCCCAGGUAGCUCCUACCCUCCCCAUAUGCAGAUUGCCCUCCCUGCCCUCUCGCCGACGAUGACCAUGGGCACCGUUCAGAGAUGGGAAAAGAAGGUCGGUGAAAAGCUGAGCGAGGGAGACUUGCUGGCAGAAAUUGAGACUGACAAAGCUACGAUAGGGUUUGAAGUGCAAGAAGAAGGUUAUUUGGCCAAAAUCCUGGUGCCGGAAGGCACGAGAGACGUGCCUUUAGGAACACCGCUUUGCAUUAUUGUGGAGAAAGAGUCGGACAUUCCAGCAUUUGCAGACUACCGAGAUGCCGGAGUGGCAGAGAUCAAGCCUCCGCCAGCCCCACUGAGUCCUAUGCAAGUGGCAGCCGCUCCUUCUCCGCCCCAGCCUGCAGCCGCUCCUUCAGCCCAGCCUCCUCCACAUAAAGGAAGGGUAGUGGCCAGCCCCUUAGCAAAGAAGCUGGCAGCAGAGAAAGGCAUUGAUCUUUCGCAGGUGAAAGGGACCGGACCGGACGGACGGAUCACAAAGAAAGACAUUGACUCGUUCGUGCCCUCAAAGGUUGCCCCGGCCCGAGUGGCAGAACCAGCUCCAGGGGCUGCGCCAGCAGUGGCCGCUGCGCCAACACCUCCAACCGGAGUCUUCACCGAUAUUCCAGUCAGCAAUAUCCGCAAGGUGAUUGCCCAGCGUUUGAUGCAGUCUAAGCAAACGAUACCUCACUACUAUCUGUCAGUAGAUGUAGACAUGGGACAAAUACUGGUGCUAAGAAAAGAACUGAACCAGGAGAUGCCACAGAACACAAAGCUUUCUGUCAACGACUUCAUUAUCAAGGCUUCGGCUCUGGCUUGUCUGAAGGUGCCUGAAGCAAAUUCCUCUUGGUUAGACUCAGUAAUUAGGCAAAACCACGUAGUUGAUGUAAGUGUUGCCGUCAGUACCCCAGCUGGGCUUAUAACCCCGAUUGUAUUUAAUGCGCACAUAAAGGGAUUGGCUUCUAUCAAUCAAGAUGUGGUGACGUUAGCAACCAAAGCCCGGGAAGGCAAGCUACAGCCUCAUGAAUUUCAGGGAGGAACUUUUACAGUCUCAAAUUUAGGAAUGUAUGGCAUCAAGAAUUUCUCUGCGAUAAUCAAUCCACCGCAGGCUUGUAUUUUGGCAGUUGGUUCUUCAGAGAAAAGACUCGUCCCAGCGGAUAAUGAAAAGGGGUUCGACGUGGCUAACGUGAUGUCCGUGACGCUCAGCUGCGACCACCGUGUUGUGGAUGGGGCGGUUGGAGCCCAGUGGCUCUCCGAGUUCAAGAAGUUCCUGGAGAAACCAGCCACCAUGUUGCUGUAAUCUCUUGAGGCCAAUAGGACUUUCUUGGGUCGUAUCACUUCCCUCUAAAAAAAAAAGCUAUUUAUACAUCUAGGGUUUAGACUUUUAAAGAAAUGUCCCUUUCUUUAUUUUUUAAAAAAAUACCUAUAUCUAAAGAGAGAGCUAUAUAUAUACAGUUGCUGAUAAUUUUUAUGACCACUUAUACCGGUUUAAGUGGUUUGCAAGGGGUGCCCUGGAGCCAAAUAUAACUGUGCUGUAUUUUAUACAGUGAAUGAAUUUGCAAACGUUUCCCUCCCCCCCCCUCUAAAAUAGCCCAAAGUGUUCAAAAUCAUGUGGAGGAACUCCUACUUAUUCUGACUGCAGAAGCAGUUCAGGUCCACCAAGCCAUCUGAAGACUCUUGGAACAAGGGAGCCAAGAUGGUAAAGGCAAAGAAAAUAAGUAUCUAAGCCAGCACAGAAAGUGGACCUGGUUGCAUGUUCUGAUCUCUUCCUUCCCUGUUAGUUUAGCCGCCUGGGAGGAGGAGGAGGAGGAGUUGAAUAGAACAAGUUUAGCUGGGAGCUUCACAUCCCAGUUUAUCCUCUGGAUUCAGCUCUUACUCUGACAUUGUAGGAGUUAUUUUGGCUUUAUAGCCACAGGACCUUUCUCUAGAGCACUUUAUUGAAGUGGUCAGCCAGUUAGACCACUCAAACCACAUUACAAAAUUGGUGCCUAAAACACUUCUGGCCGUAUGCUCCCCUCUAGUAAAUGUCCUGUGAUUUCAUUGACUCAGAUGUGAGCCUGGCAUUUAUUAUUAUUUUUCAUUUUGAGAGCCUGCUUCCCCUCCAGGCUAGUGAACGGAGCUUCAUCCUGAGCCGGUCUCCUUGUUCAGAGUGUGGUUUGAGUUCAUUGCAAGCUAAACAACAUGCUUUCAUCAUCCGAUGACCAGCGUUAGGUUCCAUGUGUGAUAAAAAACUGAUCCAGGAGGUCUGGAAUUAGAUGCAAUCCAGCAGGGACUCAUCAUGAAAUGGAUGAGAGUUCCAAGUAUCAAAGAAGGUUUCCUUGUGGACUGUGUGACGACUGGCCCAAAUAGAAAAGGAGCGAGACGCUCUGAGGUCCCACUGAAAUGACUGGAGCAUAGAAGUUCUUCAGGCAUAACUACCAGCCUCUGGAUCAGGGUCAGUGUUGUAUAAACGUAUUGUUUCCUUCCUUAUCCCAUCCUUUGGGGGCAGGAAGUUCCUGGGACAUGUAAAUAGUGUAAAAACAUUAAAAAAAACUUUGAAAUGGGUUCUGUUUGAAAUUGUAACCAGGCACAUUUAGGAUAGUGUCCAUAGACAGAAGAAUACACUAGUGGAAAACACCUCCAUGUUUGCUUUCCAAAGGAUCUGUUAAUUUAAAAAGGAAGAUUAUGUGAUUACUGACUGACACUAAGCUGGACAGAUAAGCAGACCAUUACAUCAAUGUGCCCCCAACUCUUCUGUACCAUAGGCAUUGCAUUAAGUAUUGUCUCUUGUAAAAUUGUGCUCCCAGAUCCGCUGACAUAAUCUUCAGGAGGAUGAUAGGAUGGAGAUAAAAUAUUUUUCCGAGACCUAA